AUGUUGGUUUUUAAUGGUACCGAUGUUGGUGUUAAUGAUAGUGCUGAAAAUGAUGCUGAAUAUAAAUAUUGUUUUCAUUUUUUUGUUAAUGGUGAAAUUGAAAUUAUACUGAUUUUGCCAUUUUUAUCAAAACAAUUAUUACAAAGAAGUUCAAAAGAUGUUUCUAAUUCUCCAGAUUCCUUUGAAAUAUAA